UUCUGGUCUCUUACCGGUCUUGAUAGCGCUGCAGUGGCGGCUCUCUGGGCCCCAGCCAGCGUUUCCCGUGAGAGCGAGCCGAGGCAGAGAAAGGGCGCGGAACUGAAAAGGGUGAGUCAGACACGGGCUACGCGAUAAAAGGAGGCGACACCGUGGCUUGGGACUGAAGUUAGUGCGGCCCCUGCUGGAGGCUGUUAAGGGACGAGGCGAUCUUAGCGCCAGAGAGAGGAGUCAGAGUCCAUUCCGUGCACCUGUUCUAGUCCUCGGCACCCCGCCGCCAUCUCCAACAUGCAGUCCCGGGAAGAGGCUCCGCGCUCUCGCCGUCUCGCCAGUCCCCGCGGUGGGAGGAGGCCCAAGAGGAUUUCCAAACCAUCGGUGUCAGCUUUUUUCACUGGCCCAGAGGAGCUGAAAGAUGCGGCCCAUUCGGCCGCCCUGCUGGCACAGCUCAAGUCCUUUUACGACGCACGGUUGCUGUGUGAUGUGACCAUCGAGGUGGUCACUCCUGGCAGUGGGCCUGGCACCGGCCGCCUUUUUUUCUGCAACCGUAACGUGCUGGCUGCCGCGUGUCCCUACUUCAAGAGCAUGUUCACUGGCGGCAUGUACGAGAGCCAGCAGGCGAGCGUGACCAUGCACGACGUGGACGCCGAGUCCUUUGAGGUGUUGGUGGACUAUUGCUACACGGGUCGUGUGUCCCUGAGUGAGGCCAACGUGCAGCGCCUUUAUGCGGCAUCUGACAUGCUACAGCUGGAAUAUGUGCGGGAAGCCUGUGCCUCCUUCCUAGCCCGGCGCCUUGACCUGACCAACUGCACUGCCAUCCUCAAGUUCGCGGAUGCCUUUGACCAUCACAAGCUCCGAUCACAGGCCCAGGCCUUUAUAGCCCACAACUUCAAGCAGCUCAGCCGCAUGGGCUCGAUUCGGGAGGAGACUCUGGCAGACCUGACCCUGGCCCAGAUGCUGACUGUCCUACGCCUGGACAGUCUGGACAUCGAUAGUGAGCGGACAGUAUGUCAUGUGGCGGUGCAGUGGUUGGAGGCAGCUCCCAAGGAGCGGGGUCCCAGUGCUGCAGAAGUCUUCAAGUGUGUGCGUUGGGCACACUUCACUGAUGAGGAUCAGACUUACCUGGAAGGGCUGCUGACCAAUACCAUUGUGAAGAAGUACUGCCUUGACCUUAUCGAAGGAGCCCUGCAGCUGCGUUAUGGUGACAGGUUAUGCAAGUCUCUGGUGCCAAAACCAGAGACCAGCAGCAACUCUGUUGUAUCUGCAGCAGAAAAUCCACCCCAGAGGCUGGGUAUGUGCGCCAAGGAGAUGGUGAUAUUUUUUGGACACCCUAGAGACCCCUUUCUCUGUUACGACCCAUACUCUGGAGAUAUUUAUACAAUGCCAUCACCUUUGACCAGCUUGGCUCACACUAAGACUAUCACCUCCUCAGCUGUCUGUGUUUCUCCAGACCAUGACAUUUAUCUAGCUGCCCAGCCAAGGAAGGACCUCUGGGUGUAUAAACCUGCCCAGAACAGUUGGCAGCAACUUGCAGACCGCUUACUGUGCCGGGAAGGCAUGGAUGUGGCAUAUCUCAAUGGCUAUAUUUACAUUUUGGGUGGGCGAGACCCUAUCACUGGAGUUAAAUUGAAGGAAGUGGAAUGCUACAGUGUUCAGAGGAACCAGUGGGCACUGGUGGCACCUGUACCCCAUUCCUUCUAUUCUUUUGAACUGAUAGUGGUUCAGAACUAUCUUUAUGCUGUCAAUAGUAAGCGCAUGCUUUGCUAUGAUCCUAGCCAUAAUUUGUGGCUAAAUUGUGCUUCUCUUAAACGAAGUGACUUUCAGGAAGCCUGUGUCUUCAAUGAUGAGAUCUAUUGUAUCUGUGACAUCCCUGUCAUGAAAGUCUAUAACCCAGCCAGGGGAGAAUGGAGACAGAUUAGUAAUAUUCCCUUGGACUCAGAGACCCACAACUACCAGAUCGUCAAUCAUGGCCAAAAGUUGCUGCUUAUCACUUCAACCACCCCACAAUGGAAAAAAAACCGGGUGACAGUGUAUGAAUAUGACACUAGGGAAGACCAGUGGGUUAACAUAGGUACCAUGUUAGGUCUUUUGCAGUUUGACUCUGGCUUUAUUUGCCUCUGUGCUCGCGUCUAUCCUUCCUGCCUUGAACCUGGUCAGAGUUUCAUCACUGAGGAGGAUGAUGCACGGAGUGAGUCUAGCACUGAGUGGGACUUAGAUGGAUUCAGUGAACUGGACUCUGAGUCAGGAAGUUCAAGUUCUUUUUCAGAUGAUGAAGUUUGGGUACAGGUAGCUCCUCAGCUAAAUGCACAGGAUCAUCAGCAGGGUUCUUUGUAAAUAUUUUGAAACUCUUAAGAUGUUAUUACUGCUGUGAAAUGUAUCUUAAGGAAAAAAGUUGAUUAGGACUCACAUUUGGUUUAUAAAGGGUUACAAUGGAUUACUAAUGAAAUGUUACAAAAUUUAAACAAUCCACAAAAUCAGCCUAUGGAAUAAUUUACUAUGCUCAAAAGUGAGAUUAAAAUAUGCAAAAGAUGAACUAUCUAAAUGAUUAGAAUACUUGGGGUUUCUUUUCACCAUUUAUUGUGCAAGUUGUUUUAAUUAGUUUAUAUUUUUAUUAUCUAAUUCAAUUUUCUAUUAACUUUUAAA